GUGCCUUUUUCCUGUUUCUUCUUGCUCUUCUUCUCUUCUUCCUGGAUGACGUUCUCGAGAACAAAGUCCAUGCCUUUCCUUCAUCCUGAACACAGAAGUUCCAGCGUAUGAUGGACUCUUCCGGCCCCGAGACGUACGUUCCUCAUACUUCCCACAAACAAGUAGUUCCCGAACAACCGCGGCAACAUGAAUCAUCGUACUAUGCGCCAACAACACCUGAAACUUAUUCAUCGAUUCCCGUUAAGAACGAACGUACUAUUUGCGGACUGAGGCCAGCGACAUUUGUUCUUAGUGUUUUGCUGGCUACAGUGAUAGUGGUAGCCGCUGUUGGCGGUGGCGUUGGGGGUUCACUGGCAGUCCAAAAAGCGAGAGACGAUGCAAUGUCGUCCGUAGCAUCGCCCACUACAGUUGUCACGACCACAGUCACUUCGCUGGUGCCUGCAUCGACGGACAGCGAUAGCCCGAUAGUAGUUCCAACACAAGGGAAAAUCCAGCUCCCCUGUCCCGCCAUGGAGGGCGAAACGAGAACAAUUGCACUUUCUGAUGUUGAUGCCAAAUUCGUUAUGCAUUGUGGCAUGAGUUUUGGAGCAAAAGGGGCUCUAGACAUUGUUGCCGUUGUAGUCUAUUCGUACUUGGACUGCCUCAGGGCUUGUGCAUCAUAUAAUCGCAACUCAGGGUCGAAAACAUGCGUCGCGGCGACCUUCAACGCGAAUCUGGGUAAUAUUGGCCCAAACAAUGGGAAUUGUUGGCUCAAAAAUGCGACUAGUCCCCGGUCGAUAUCUGAUAAUUCUGCUGUGGGUGGCAUCCUGGAUUGAGCAUUUAGUCCCCUCCUCUUGUAAAUAUUAUGACCGCUACACCUAUGCUGGGUAGACUAUUAGUCCUUACUCAGAUAGAACGAAGGACGUCUACAGUUUACAAGCAACAGGUAUCUGCUGACCACAAUACCAUAUAGUCGAUAGGUUUUACUUACAAACAGUUCUAAUCCUCUUUGUCGCUCGUAGAAAUGAAGGUUUGUCCUACUAUAUAGCGCAAAAGAGAAUGAGAUGGAGUCACCAGAGUUCGAGGUUUUAACGUUCCUUGCGAUGGUUGCUGCCUUGCAAUAAGUUAUCAAUCUGCUUACGAAGUUUUCUCUGACAUAACGUGC